AUGCUUGGGAGGAAUUUCCCGUUCUUCAACUCUCUCGGCGGGUUUUAUCCACGUGAGAAUAUAAGCUCGAGGAGACCAACUGGAUCUGGAUAUACCAGUAAGGUCCGUGUGCGGGAUAGAUACCACAUCGUCGGCUUUAUUAGUAGUGGUACCUAUGGUCGAGUGUACAAGGCCCUUGGUAAAAAUGGCCAGAAGGGCGAAUUUGCCAUCAAAAAAUUCAAGCCUGACAAGGAGGGUGAAAUUGUCCAGUAUACAGGGCUGUCACAGUCGGCCAUCCGAGAGAUGGCUCUCUGUUCGGAACUCGACCAUGCUAACGUAGUGCAACUGGCGGAGAUUAUCCUGGAAGACAAGUGUAUCUUCAUGGUUUUCGAAUAUACGGAACAUGACUUGCUUCAGAUAAUUCACCAUCACACUCAGCCGCAAAGGCACCCUAUCCCGGCGUCCAUGGUGAGGUCAAUUCUCUUCCAACUCCUUAACGGCUUAUUAUACCUCCAUACGAAUUGGGUCUUGCACCGAGACCUGAAGCCGGCGAACAUCUUGGUGACAUCAAGUGGCGCCAUCCGCGUUGGAGAUUUAGGGCUUGCCCGCUUAUUCUACAAACCUUUGAAUUCGCUCUUCUCAGGUGACAAGGUGGUUGUUACGAUAUGGUACCGUGCCCCCGAACUGCUAAUGGGCAGUCGACAUUAUACGCCCGCCGUCGAUUUGUGGGCCGUCGGCUGCAUCUUUGCUGAGCUGCUCUCGCUGCGGCCGAUCUUCAAGGGAGAAGAAGCCAAAAUGGAUAGUAAAAAGACCGUCCCAUUCCAGCGCAACCAAAUGAUGAAGAUCAUCGACAUCAUGGGCUUACCAAACAGAGAGAAUUGGCCUGGACUCGCCGCAAUGCCUGAAUUCUCCCAGCUCCACUCUUUGACAGCGACUCGCGGGCCCAACCACUUCAGCAAAUCGUCAAACCUAGAAAGCUGGUACCAGAACUGUCUGAAGAAUGGCGGAUACUCAGCCGCCUCUAGCGUGGGGACACCCGGAGAGGACGGCUACGAUCUACUAUCACGGCUACUCGAAUACGACCCGACGAAACGCAUAACCGCAAGCGAAGCCCUAGAGCAUCCGUACUUCAAGAAUGGCGGACCGAUACCCGCCAACUGCUUUGAAGGAUUCGAGGGUAAAUACCCGCACCGCCGCGUUACCCAGGACGAUAACGAUAUCCGGACCGGAAGCCUCCCUGGGACGAAGCGGAGUGGUCUCCCUGAUGAUAGCCUAAUGGGCCGGGCGACAAAGCGGAUGAAGGAGUGA